AUGAGGCUCCGCCUGAGUAUCCGCCGCCACAACCUGCCCGCGGCCGAUCUGCUGUGGGCAGUGCCUGACGACAGGGCACACGACGCUUUUACCGUCGCCCAGCUGCUCGAGAACCUCAACGACAUCAUCCCGCUCGAGAGCCCGCAUUGGGGCCUGGAGGACUACGCCGUCGAGAUCAACAACUACGAGGCCCUGCACUUCCAGAAGGUCAAGGACAUAUUCAAGGACGAGGACCAAGUUUGCAUUCGCUAUCUCACCCAACCCGAGCUUCGCGCACGCCAUAUCGCCGGCCGCGAUCAGAUCAAUGCUAACGGCCAGCAUCUUAUUGAUGGCAUUCCCUUCGGCAAAUCCUACUUUGCCUCCCGCAAGCCCUAUCGUCCGUCCAUCAACAUCCCUCCUUUGAAGAACCCUAUCGCCGAUGAAGACGCCUUUCCUGCGCUCCUCGAAAAUGCGCCUCAACUGCAGGACCACAAUGAUGAGGACGAAGACGAUGAAGACUUCGACGUAGAGCAGCCGACCCCGAAGCGGAGAAGGUUGGACUCUGUGAAGUCAGACAAGUCGGACAAGAGCGUGCAUUUCCAAGAAGAUGACGGUAUGCUAGCGCUUCUUUCGGAUCUCGACGAUACUGAGGAGGAAUAUCAAGUUGCGUCUAGCGACAAUGUUUCCACUAGCAGCAUCGCGGACAGCUUGUCGGACGUCUCGAGCCGCGCAGCUUCUAACACUAAAAUGGCCGAUGCCGCUUUGGUCGAUAACUCUUCAGUGUCUAGCUCUGAUUCAGACUCGUCUUCUGACGACUCGGACUCUUCUUCCGACGUCUCCUCGUCUGACGACUCUUCGUCCGACAGCGACUUAUCUGAUGCCAAUUCAUCCAGCGAUUCAUCCGACUCGGACUCGUCUUCCUCUGACGAAGAUGAUUCCGCCUCCAGUUCAGAGCCGGAUGAGAUCAGUUCCAAAGUUCCUGCCACUUCGGCUCAGAAGGGUGCUGGCAACCAGAAUGGCUCACCGAAGCCAACUGGUGCGCCUUUCCAAGGUCUAGAGAGAACCAAAGCGCGCAAUAGGCGUCGUCGCCUUGGCAGACUCCAUAAGAAGCUGAAAGAGCUUCAUGGGAGCCACGUGCCCUCUGAACAAACUGAAAAGGAGCUUGAACGUUUGGAAGCCGAUAGGCUCAAAGAGAAGAAGGAGGCCUUCCUCAAGAUGCUCAAUACCUUUACGCCCGAAACCACCACCCCAGAGAAGAAUGUCCUAGCUGAUCCAGUGUCUACCUUCACAGAUGCUAAAACUGCAGAGGGCGAAGCAGUAGACUUGGACGUCCAGGGGGGUCUUCUAGACAAGUCGGGGAAGGAAAACCACGACUACGAGGCUCAAAAGUCUGCUGUCAAUUCCACACCAAACAGUACCUCUAAGCCGACCCAGGAGAUCACGAGCGAAAUCGCAGAUACUCCAGCCCCCAAGCGUAAGCGCAUCGAUGUCGGUAGCUUCCGUCGCUUGACUAUGGGGUCACUGGGUCUCCGUACUCCAAAGAACAAGGAGGAAGAACAGAAGCUGAGGGAUAAGAUAGCUGCCAACGCAAACGGACGUGGCAAAAAGACGCCCGAUGCCAAGUCCUCGGUGCAGGCAGAAGACGAUGAACCCGAGGAUCUCCAGGAUCCCGAUGCCUGGAAGUCUAGAAUCGAGCUAAAGGCGUUCGAAGUUUCUGAUGAGAACGUACAGCAGCUGAGUGCGCCUCCUUUCCCGUUCAAGCAACGCUGGGAUCAGCAGCAGCAUUACUUCAAUGAGUAUGAUCAGGAGUACGAGACCAAGAAGAAGAACAAGAAAAAGCGUAAGAGGAACAAUCAGACCUAUGACGAGCAGGAUCAGUACUACGAACCAGAAGGAAACGAGGAAUGGGCCAUUCUUAACUAUGAUGAGGUCGAUGCUGCACAGUCGCAGCUCCUCCAAGAGACGCAGGAUGCGCAGAGCAUGACAGAAGUUUCGGAGAAGCGCCAGAGGUCCAGCGAGGGGACGAGUGCGGGCGAUGACCUCCCUCCUCUGCCUUCGGAUAUUACUACUCUGCAAAAGCUGGCGCCAGCGGAUAUUCACACCGGCUCUGUCGUUGUCUACAAGGAGAUGGAAGUUUCAGAACUAACUGGCUGGCAGCCUGUCAUAUCUGAGUACCGCAGAGCCAGGGUCUUGGAGGUCGAUGAAGAUGCUGCAUAUUUGCAGCUUGCUGCUCCUGACGUUCCACGUAAGCAAGCUGCGAUGCGUGCUGGCAACAAAGGUGGAAAGCUGGAGUCGAAAACUUUCGUCAUUACUGAAGAGGAAGAUGAAGAAGAGGAUCCAAGCAAGCGAUGGGUUGAGUUCACAAAUAUGGCCGACUUGUUGCUCCUACAGGCUGCCUCUGGCGACGAGGCUAAAGCACUUGCUGAUGUCCACAUGGCUGAUCAAAACGGAGAGGGCUCGGCUUCGAGUGAGACUGAUGCGCAUGCCACUGGCACUAAGGAGGACAAUGCGGACGAAGGUACGACUGACUGA